AGGCCCUGCCGGUGAGACUUAUUUUAUGAGUCAGCUGCUGCAGCAUACGGGAGUGAAUAACUGUUUAUUAUGGUGGUUUUUUUCUUCAUGUACCACAGAACUACUCCGUAUGCUAUCCUCUAUCAGCUUCUAAUGUCCCAGAAUACCAGAAAAUGUUACGGGGAAUUCAAGAUUACCCUGUACACAUGGUCCUGCUUCGAGGUUAGAGCAAGCUAGCCCGUUCGCUCAUACAAUACAUGGGUAAAGCUGGAUAAUGAUGCAGUCGGGAUAUUUGGUGGCUUCAUCGGGAUGGAACCCCGCAACAAUUCCUAAGUUGAAUUGGCAUCCUUACAUAUCCUUCGCGGACAAGGAACUCAACAGCUUAUGCCCGAAUGGACAGGAUAUAUACUAGUGGUAGAAACGGCCCAUCUACUCUGGAUAUUGUUACAAUAAGAUAAUUUAGCCAAGCUAUGCUGCCGUGUUGAGAAAGGCAGUGGCAGCGGAGUCAAGCAGCACGUGUACUUCCUCUGGGAAGUACUGUUGGAGACAAGAACAAGAACAAUAGCAUUCGGAGCUUUGUUAAUCCUGUUCCGGACACCUCGCCAGCGGCAAAGAGCCUCCAAGAACAAACCAAGCUCGGUGACGAAGCUCAGACAGUUGAGCCCGAUGUCAAUUCGCCAGCUGAAGCCGCAGACGAAUAUCGCGGUCUUGCGGACGGGCCAUGGGUAGUGGCAAUGUAUAAUAAACCACUACUUCUUAUGCAUAUCUACCCUGGCUUCGCUCCGAUUUUGAGAAUUCGCGGUACAAUGGCUCUCCUCGUCGCAGCCGCGAUUCUAUGGGCCUUGAUAUGGCUUCUAUAUCGUGCAUAUCAGGUCUGCCAAACGCCAAACGAUAUUCUGGUUGAGAAGUUGGGCUUGGAUAUCCCACCUGCUCCCGAUGUCACUCUGGAAGAGAUCAGCUCGACUAUGAUUCGCAUUGCCUGGAAACAUCCUGAUAUACACCAUUCUAUUCACAAGCACCUCAUUCAGGUUAAUGGCGUCAAAGUUGGCGAAACAAAACGUUCAGAAACAGCAGUAACCAUAUCCAAUCUCUCCCCGGGCCAUAUAUAUCAUGUCUGCGUCUCCGCAGUUAGCGCUGCCAAUUUCCACACAUCAAGUUCCCUCCUUCACGUCCGUACGAAGUCUCUAUCAAUUUCCGAUACUCGGGAGGACGAUGUGGAUGGCGGCCCACCCAUUGUUCGAGCUUACAUUUCCAGACCUCCUGCCCCUUCACCUUCGCCAUCUGCACCGCUAAUGUGUCGAGAGCAGAGUGGUGGGCCACUUCAGGGGAAACGCUUCUCGGGAAAUAGAAAAUCACUCCCUUCUUCAAUUGCAGCACCAGACACUACCACCCACGCAGGCGCCGAGGGCAGCCAAAGGACCGGCAGUGUUGAUGAAUCCGACGAAAAUCUUGCGCGUUUAGCAGAAAGGCUCAAGGACUUGCAGCAGGAGAAUGAAACUUUGGAAAAGCAGCUUUGCAUGGAGGAGAAAGAACAUGAGCUCUUGCUACGGGAGUUAGAGGAACAGCGGAAUGAACUAAGACAGCGUGUGAAGGAGAAGGAUGAAGCCAGUGGAGACCUUAGAAAACACGUUAGCAGGCUGGAAAGUAUCAAUCGCACAGUACAAAGCGAGAAAAGCAAAAAGGAAAGACUGCUGCAGCAAAAGGAAGCGGAGCGCCAAAAACGCAAGGAAGAUAUCGUCCGAUGGAAUGAACUACUGGUGGCGAUGCACGGGAAAAUAUCUCGUGCCAAGGAAGAAAAGGCGCAAAUUGAGUCGGAGGCUGCGAACCAGGUCAACGAGUAUCGCAACAAGAUCACGAGUGAACAGGCUGAAAUGAAGUCUUUGGAUGAAGAUAUCAAAGUGAAAGGGAGCCGUAUCAAGGAGAUGGAAGAGGAAAGACGUCGGUUAGAGGGCGACGACACUGAUGAUGGGAAAGAGCUUGAUCGCUUGGAGAAGGAGAGAGACCACGCCUGGGAGGUCAAAUUGGGAAAUCUAAGGGCGCAAUAUGCCUCCCUCAUCAACACCCACUCGCAGGCCCAGCAACAAUAUCAGGACGCUCAAGAACGUCUUAGAUGGAUUACCUCCCAGCGAUCCAAUGCCACGCCUCCGUUCGUGGCUGUUCCUUCACUAGAUCUAGAACUGGCCCACAGAGCUAGCUUCAAUCGUCGCACUCGUCAUCGUGGCUCCCUCGUGAGCAACGUUUCGUCUCCCGUGAGCUAUCCUGUCAUGGACACCUCGUUCACUAAUGCUGCACCAAAUUACAACGCCGCUGGGAGUGGCUCGCCAACUUUUCCUCCCGGUCCUGCAUUUUUCAACAUUAAUAAUGGGAUGACUAUCCCGGACCCCUCCGACCAGACCGUUGUCAACCGCGCGGAUACGGAUGUAUUAGCAGGCAAUCUUCCUAUGAGUCCGCGGGCAGAUUCUCUCUUACCCUCAAACCUUCUUGGUGACGAGGAGCAUGCAUCAGCAUCUCACCCUUCCGGCAUUACCACUCAAUUUCCUAAAUCGGGUGCCUUCGACAAUCUUCUUCCCAACUCUCCCUCACCUAUAUCUUCUGGGAGCCGCCCUGCGAGCCUAUUUACAAGCCCACGUGAAAGCUUAAACAACCUACAUGAGAGUGGGCACAAUUCAAUGGCCAUGCCAACCUUGCCAACCCCACAAGAGCCUCCAGAUAGUGUUCAAAGCGCUUCUCGUCGGCUAUCGGGGCUCUUUAAUUUCCAUCGCCAACGGGGCAAGACCAUGGUGGAUAGACCGCCUUUGCUUGGGACUCUCAAACCUGGCCAGAGCCAAUCUUUCCCACGAAACUUCGAUGAUGGCCUUGAUCCGAUAGGUACAAGACGACGCCGUCUUAGCUAUACGGGAAACUGGGCCAAUCCCGUCACAAAUUUAUUUCCCCGCAGUGCGACCACCAAUGUCACCAGUGACAGUUCCUCAGACAGGCUACCUGCCAGUCGUAGAGUUAUGUUCCCUAACAUCUUCAGUUCUGGGAGGUUGACUUCUGCGAUGUCCAGCGCCUUGGAGAAAUCAGCGAUAGAUCGUGGCGAUGCAGGUACUGGGUACAACCAAUUCAGUCCCCGGCAUGACCCUAUAGAUCCGUCCAUCCUCGGAACCGUUCGUCGGGGAUCCCUGUCUCCGAGACCAGCGUCCACAUACUCGUUUGAAAAUCAUCAACUCCCACGUCCUGCUGCGGAUAACCAACCAUUCGGAUGGCCAGCCACCGACAAAGCGGGACAUAGAAAUAGCCCACUUGGACUCGACUGGGUGUCUCCUGUAGCCUGGUCCCGCAGCCAGUCACGGCGCCCGUCAGUCCAGUUUGGGUCAUCAAGCAAUCUGCAACUAGGCUUGGCGUCUGGUGAUGUAGAUUUUCUUGAAACCCCGUACGAGCAGCAACGCCCAGUGCAAGCCCCCAUUGGGACCCGGCCACCGUCCUCUCAUCGACCAAUAACGCCGAAACUCAACCCGACAGCACCUUCGUUCAAGACCCUUUUUGGCAAAAAAUCUGAGAAAGGUAAGAAUAAAGAAGCGGAAUCCUCAAAGCCACGAGACCAGGAGCCCAAUCUUGAAGACGGCUCACCGCCUGAAUCACGCCGGUCAAAAGAUUCCCGCUCCAUCCGCACCUCCACCGCAGAGUCCUAUGAGUCCCUGGAACGAACCUCAUCAGGCACACCUUCAGAAAUAGUAAACCUAAAAGAAUCAUUUAUCCAAAAAAUCACACGCAAGAGCAGCUCCAGCAAGUUCAACAUCUCCUGGAAAGAUCGAGCUGGGCUGUUCUCGAAGAAAGGCGGUGGCGACCUGUCUUCUUCCCUUCCGGCCGCCCAAGGCGACAAUAUCGACGACGAUGCCGUGGCGGCGGAAUCCCUGCUCGGUAAAAGUAUUGAUAGCUUAGCAUCCAGCGUGCCGUCGGCGGACAAGUCGAUUAAGAGCAGCAGUCUGGGAUUCGGUUUCAUGCGGAAAUCUAAGAAGGAAAAGAUCACUGGUGACUUUAGUGAGAAGGCCAGUGAGACUGGCGAUGAGGAUGUUUCUGAAGAUGUCUGAUCGGAUUCUGGGUAUCGCGUUGUGAUAUAUUUAUGUUGGGCCUUUGGAGGAGUUGGUAUAUACAUACUUUACUUGGGGAUUCCAAUAUCUUGGAUGGUGUUAAACUAGUAGGCAUGGUAGCUUUAAAAACUAUUAUUAUUAGAAAUCUGAUACAAUAAAGUUAUUCAAUAGGAGUAGAUGAAACUUGUACUUUAAGAAUCACAUAUCC